AAUAAAGACGAGUUAUCAUCAUCAGGUCUUGUUCCUUAUCUACGUAAAUUACAUUCAACUCAAGGUCAUGUAGUAAAGCCUGGAGGACCACUUUUUGAGAAUACUAUUUCUGUGACAGAUCCUCUGAUUAUAAAAUCAACAUUAUCAAUAGGUGAUAGACCUAAUUUUUUGUUCAAAUUUUUGGAACCAAUGUUUGGGCAAGAUAAUUUACAAAUAUUUGAAGCUGAUAGAGCUGCCAAAUUUCGUAAAUUGAUUGGGCCAGCUUUAGGACAUGAAGUUUUAUUAAUGAAAUAUAAUCAAAUGAGAGAUAUUGGAGUUAGAUUUAUUAGUCAAUGGGAAAAAAUCUUGGAUUCAAAUAAAGAUACCAUAUUUAGAAUGCAAGAUGAAUCACUUGAAUUUGCUUUGCGAGCAACAAUGAGGGUAAUCAUAAGUAUAGAUAAGCCACAAGAUCUUGAUUUAAAAGCAUUCAAAAAAGGAUAUGAUAUUGUAUUAGGUGGUUUAUUUGAUAAACAAAUUGGUAUGCUGGAAGCACCACGUGAAGAAGAAGUUCAAAAUUCUAUUAAUUAUUUACAAGAAACUUUAAGGAAUCUAAUUUCUACAAGAAAAGAAAAGAUCAAUGUUGAUGGUGAGGAUAUAUUGGUGAAAGAUAUGCUUGAU